GCUCACGGCGUAACCGUCACAUGGCCUAACCCGGACUACAACUAUUUAAAGAGCAACAGUGUCCUUUCAGCACCACUCCGCUGUCCAUCCGCGAAGCAAGCAGUUCAGGACAAGACCAGCACGCCGACUGAAAAAGUUUACCAAGUAGCCUACUAAGCAGCAAGUUUGCAAAGAUGCCGAGGUCUUUUCUUGUGGAUUCCUUGAUUUUGAGGGAAGCGAAUGAUAAAGGGAGGGAAAACAAUCCACCUUUAUUUCCUUACGCUAUGCACCCAUCUCACCCACUCCAUGGGCUAUCUGCGGGCUCUUGCCACUCACGAAAGGCUGGCUUGCUGUGCUUCUGUUCGCUAUGCGUGUCCCAGCUACACCCAUCUCCACCGACCUUGCCACUGCUUAAGGCAUCCUUUCCUUCCUUCGGCUCCCAGUACUGCCAUUCCGCACUAUCAAGGCAACACACAUCCUCCACUGGCGUCAACCUCAACCACGGUCCGGGGAUAUAUCAAACAACCUAUUCCGUUCCAGACCCACGCCAGUUCCACUGCAUCUCCAUUGAAAGCAACAACAGCCAACUUCAAAGCAGCAAACGCAUGCGCACUGCCUUCACCAGCACGCAACUUUUGGAGUUGGAGAGAGAGUUCACGUCCAACAUGUACCUCUCAAGACUUCGGCGCAUUGAGAUCGCCACGUAUCUAAACCUGUCAGAGAAGCAGGUCAAGAUCUGGUUCCAAAACCGCAGAGUCAAACACAAGAAGGAGGGAAAGAACGGCGCACACAGAACCGGCUCCCACAGUUGCAAAUGCUCGUCCCUGUCAUCUGCACGGUGUUCGGAGGAGGAAGACGAUAUGCCCAUGUCUCCCUCCUCAUCAGGGAAAGAGGAUGAUGGAGACCUGUCCGUCUCACCCUGAACUUCACCUGAUCCUCAUCAAUAGAGACAAUUGGUCCUCACAGCACCUGUGGAAUUCUGAAUGCAGCCAAAAAGUCGACUGUUCUUACCGUGUUCAGUCACCUGUAUAUAGCAAGAGAACAGAAUAUAUAAACAGGGGAUUUCCCUGGAUGUUGAAUAAUUGUAUACAUGUUGUACGUUUUUUAUGUCGGUUUUUUUUUCUAAAAACUUUCCAUUCGUUGUUUCCAAUCUAAACGGAUGCUAUUACAGCCGGACCGUUGGAUAUUUGUAUUAUGAUAUACCCAAAUGAAUAGCAACAUUUGUUAGUUUUAUUUUUGGGGAACAAUAGCUGUAUUUUGGAAAAUGCUGAAUACUGGCUAGCUUUAAGCACAUCUAUUUGGAUGGAAAUGUGACGGAGAUAUGGAAUGUGUGUUGGACGAAAAAGUGUUUCCUCACAAUUUCAUAUCACCAAGAUCAAACUGUUAUUAUA